AUGGUAAAACGUGCAACAUGUUCAGAAUUUUCUGCAAAAAGUAGAACUGCUCUCUACUUUCUGCAACAACUUUCCCCAACCUGCAUCAACCUUAUUUGUUGCUAGACAGGUUUGAACAUGGGUGAUAAAACGUGUAAAGCAUAGAAGUUUCUUCUCUCGCUAAAAGCUUUGUUUUACUCUGUAAAAAUAAAACAAAAACUUUUGGUGAGGGUUAAAGACGGUUAAUAAAGUAUCUUGAUGCUAACUGUCUUGGUGAGGUCUCCAAUCUGCGCACAGGGAAUUUCAUGGUACUGUUUUCAAUAGUAUUGCCAUUGCUAAUGAUAAUCAGGAAUCAGUUAUAUUUUUGCUUUUGGACUUAUCAGCUGCUUUUGAUACUGCUGAGAUAGAUAGACAGAUAGAUAGUUUAUUCACCUUUAAAAACUUGCAUCCAAGAGGUGAAUUGCGAUAAGGUUUACAAAUGUAAUAAUUUGCGACUGAACUAAAUUACAACUAAUUAAAGCGCUUUACAACUAAUAUCAAAGGAAGAUGAUCCAAUAUAAUUUAUGAUUUUAAAACUGUUAUAAAAUCACUAAUUCAAAAGAAUGCGUCAAGUUCCUAUAUACAAUAAAAAACAAAAUUAUAUCGAGUUCUCAACUACUGUAAACAUAACUUAAAAGAAAACUAUUCUUGCAUUUUUCAGUUUUACACUUUGGACAAUUAAAAUGUUGACUUGCUUCAAGAUAAGUUUGCCUUCAGCAUCCUCGGAGACCUAGGGGCAGAUAGUGGGGGCAAGAGAAAGUCUAAACGGGCGGGAAAAUAUGGCACGAAGAAAAGAAGAGAACGGCGAGAAGAGCCCCUGUGGACAAUGUCUUACCAGACCAGUUCCAAACAGUCGCCGUCGUUCUGCCUUCUGAUUGGGCAGAAAAACACAAAAGUUUUCUGGCACCAAUCAGAAGCCAGAACGACUGCAACAGUUUGGAACUGGUCUGGUAAGACAUUGUCCCCAGGGGCUCUUCUCGCUGUUCUUUUCUUUUCUUUGUGCCAUAUUUUCCCGCCCGUUUAGACUUUCUCUCGCCCCCACUAUCUGCCCUGAGGAUGGAAGCAAGUAACGUAACUUCCGUGUAUGUCAUGACUCCAGCAUAAUUUUAUCCAAUUAGAAGUCAGUAUUCACCCAACUUGCAGCAACCUUUAUUUGUUGCGAGACAGGUUUGAAUGUAGGUGGUAAAACGCACAACAUUGCUUUUCGACGUGUUUUGCAGCAAUGUGCGAAACAAGUUGCACAUUUUUGUCGCCUGUUUUACUGAAACUUUACUUUUAGAACAACAUGCAGGUAAAUAUAACAAAGUUGAAUGAUUUUCAUUUUUAUUAUCUUUUAAGGGCCUGAUACGCCAUGGCUGCUUCAGGACCAUACGAUCGACGUACAAUGAAGAUAACAAACGGUAGCGUACAGACAGCUGUUGUUGUGCAAACCCUUGCUGAGCUUAAAGAGAAAGGGGCCCCAUUGCUGGGCCUUCAAGCGUCCAAUUGCCGUGUUCAACUGACAGACAGGACUGAAGUGAUUGCAGAAGAACACUUCAGCCGUCUUGAAAAGGACACUGUUUUUAUGUUAAGUAUGUUGUUGUAUGAAUUACUUUAUUUACUGGUUACUAUUUCAACAUGAAAUACACAAGAAGUAGAACUCUACUACAGUACGUUAAACAGUGAGUACUUUUGAUUGUCACAGCUGAAAAGUACUCACUGUUUACUCAAUGUUGCUCUGAGCUGCUCUUUAGUAACUCAGGGUUGCUCUGAAUUAGCAGCAAAGGUAAUCACAAACUACUCCAGGUGGCUCUGA